UCUUACCGGCGACAUGCCGAACAAACAGGAAGGUACCGAUCGGAGGACCCAGAUGUAUGCAGCCCUUGGGGUAGGGUUUGUGUGUGUUGUGAUCGGUGUGCCGCUAUGGUGGAAAACAACGGAAGUCUACCGUGUCAGUCUGCCUUACGGAGAAAUCGCAGAUCUCUCAAAUACCCAGUUGAAGUACACGGUGGAUGUGGACAUCGUCAACGGAGACGAGUCCCUGUCAGAGAAUGACAUCACACGACUGUCUCGUCUGGUCUCUGAUAAACUGGAGACGAGUGACGCUGAAAUAGCACCGUAUUACCGGUUGAAUGUCCGAGAUGCUACAGAAAAAGAGCUGGCCAAGGUCAAGGCUAUGACCUCUACAUCAGGUAUUGAGGGUCAGUUCUCAUCUGGGGCAGAUGACAUCAACAGAUACCAAGUGGUGAUCAUUCCUAAGUUGUCUCCCUUGUCGUUACGGAAACCAUUCCUCAGUCUCGGAAGAACAAUACUCGUACAAUCUCCAGGAUCUACAGAUAUUCCAACCUUGGCGAGCAUGAUAUCAUCAGUAAUCCAGGACAGUCUGAUAAAGGAGGAAUCGCUGAGUAAAACUUUCCAUGCUGGCAAAGGUACCGGGAACAGAACUCUCAAGCCAGAGAAGUCAAGUAUGAGGUCAGUGCGGUCAAACCCAGGAUAUGACGUCGCCUUCACUCUGGUCAAUCCUCAGCCAGAUAUACUUGAUGUCCAGUGGGACAUAGAACAGGCUGUCAAAGAUUACCUUGAUCCUUUCCUACAACAGUUGGAUAAGUACGCCAAGAUCAAUGUCAAAUCCCAGGUUUUGUAUUUCACUGGGUUUCUGAAGAGGAUGAAGAGAGACAGUAAAAAAGAGGCUUUUCUCUACACAGCUAAGGACCUUCCUCAUGUCAUCAACCCACUGGAGGCAAAACUAGGAUCACACACAUCAAACAAUCCAGCACUAAAUUUCCUGGUUUAUGUACCGAGUCGGGACCAGCAUCCAAUCUAUAUCGUUGACAGUAACGGUGUAGAAAUUGAGUCCAACUCGUUCCUGAGUCCCCAGUGGGGUGGUAUCUACAUCCAGAACGUCCCCAGUCCCUCCGAUAAUGACACUCUGCCUGUUUCCGUGGAGCUUGACAUGCGCCGAGCCAUGGAAGUUUUUAUCUCACAUCUUCGCCUUCUUCUUAACUUCCAGUCAGAGAAAAAUGGUGACGCUCUUGUUGCCGAUGUAGGCAGUAGGGUCAUUUCAAAGUGGGAACUGGACAGCUGGCUGAGAGGUCGUUGUCUUGAGAACCUAGGGACCUCUAUAGCAACCCUUCAGUCCCUGGCUCAGUUACUAGGGGAGAUAAGUAACAUCGUAAUACAGGACGACAUCGGGAAACAGGUUCAGGAUGCAGUCAACAGCAUCCGAGAGAGUCAGCACCACCUACUGGAAGGCAGACUAGAGAAAGCGUUCCUUGAAUCUCGCAAUGCUAUCGUGUGUUCAGAAAAAGCCUUUUUUGAUCCAUCUCUACUGGAACUGCUGUAUUUUCCUGAAGAUCAAAAAUUUGCUAUCUACAUCCCACUGUUCUUGCCUAUAAGCCUGCCAGUGUUAGCCUCGCUGUGGAAAGCCUUUAAAUGGAUGAGAGAGAACCGAAAACCGAAGACAGACUGACACUGUACACCAUUUUCUGUGAAAUCAUUAAUUUUUGUGGGAGUUUAUUUUGUCGAUUUACUUGGUACUCCACGAAUUUAUAUAUCCACCAAUCAACACUAAUAGUUUUAAAGAUUUGACAUGAAAUUAUGAAAUCAAGUACACAAAGGAAAACCACAAAAUUUUUGUCCCACAAAAAUAAUUGACUUUACAGUAUAUGAUUAGGAUCUGAGGGUUAUCAAUAUUCCAAAUACUAUCUUCAUACAUGUAAGAUCUUAAAUGAGUGUUCAUGACAUAUGAGAUUUUAUGAAACCAGUUCUAGUUUUAUUUUUCGAGCCUUGGGGAGCAAAAAAUAAAAACUUUGCAACAAGUUUCGUAAAAACUCCUAAGAAAUAAACAUAAAUUUAGAUACUUUUUAUCACAUAACUCUGCAGUAAACCUAAAUUUUUGCGGAUUUAACAUCAAAAUGUGGUGAAGGCAGCCAUUUUGUUGCACCAUCUUUAAUUCAUGAUAUCAAAUCAUUGUCCAUAUUAUGAAGUCACAAUUGAUUUCUGACUGGCACAGCUCCUGAAAAAAGCCCCUGUGUAUAUAUUACCCUUUAGACAUAUGCAAAAAUAUCACAUAGGUAAUUUCACCGGACAACAUAUGAAAUAAAAUGCAAUUUCACAGCAAACAUACAAAAACAGUGAUGUUGAGUCUAGUAAGGCCAUCCCAAUGACCUUAUUUGCUGACUUGAAGUCAGGAAUUGAUCAAAAAAGUAUAUAGCAAGAACAUUUCAAGACUGUUGUAGAUUAAUUAAACUACAAUAAUAAUGUUGUAUGUCUAGUCAGUGAGAUUUGACAGUCGGCAAUAUUUGUGCUGUACAACAUUGGAUUUCCAAUGCCAGGGAUAUGUGCAUUUUUGUUAAAAUGUUAAAACCAUCCAGUAUACAUGUAUUUGAUAUGAGAAAUGUUAUAACCAUCCAUUAUACAUGUAUUUGGUAUGAGAGAUGUAUCAAAAGAUGCUGUACCUUGGAGAGUAAGAGGUUUGGUUGUAAAGAUAAGCCCAGCUGUAGUUAAGUAGGACUAUUCCAGUAAAAUAAAUACUCAGGUUAUUAAGAAAAUAUGGCUCGUUGUAUGAUACAGAUGAUACAAAUCUUCGAAUGGUUCUUGUUUCACAAACUUGUUUCUGUUGAGUAGAUAUUUUACUGGAUUAGCACUAAGCGUGCAUGUAGAAAAUUGGUGUUAUUUUUGGAAAUAGAUUCUGUGUCAGGAAGUGAGAUAAGAUGUACAGCUGUAUGAUAAUUUGAAAUGUAUGAAUGGUAAUUGAGAAAUCAGGAGAGAGAGAGAGAACAUUCCAUCAUUCAGAGAUUUCACUCCUGUUUUAUCGGUUCAAGAUUUCUCUGUCACCCCUAGGGUGUGAUUUCUCUGUCACCCAUAGGGUGUGAUUUCUCUGUCACCCAUAGGGUGUGAUUUCUGUCACCAUCUAGGUUGUGAUUUCUCUGUCACCCAUAGGGUGUUAUUUCUCUGUCACCCAAAGAACGUAAUUUCUCUGUCACCCCUAGAGUGUGAUUUCUCUGUCACCCAAGAGGGUGUGAUUUCUCUGUCAGCCUCUUGAGUGUGAUUUCUGUCAAACUAAGUCCUAGGGUGUGAUUUUUAAGUCAGUCCCAUGUGUUUGAUUUCUCUGUCAGUCCCUAGGGUGUGAUUUCUAUACCAACAACUACCAAGGGUACGAGAUAUCAUUUUAUGUCAACAAUACAAUGACGUCAUAGCAACAAUUCAGUCACGUAAGUCUGAUAUUUGUAAUUUUGUUUAUGUAUUUGAAGAACUCACCCCUGUGAAAAUUAGGAUAGCAUGAUAGAAGGAAAAUCAUCCUCUUGCUUUAGAAUGUCACAGAGAACUCUCCGACACUUAAACUAAAGUGAUAUUCUCGAUUGUCUAACCCUCGACUGAGUCUCGAGUUAUACCGUAAUAGACAACCAAGAAUAUUGCCCCUCGGGUUGGAGAUUUCUCUGUCAAAGUAGGGGAGAUUCUUAUAAGUGAUAAUAAUAAUAUUUGCAUGUAUAUGUCCAUGUAAAAUCAUUCACUUAUUGUGUUAUUGUACUGUUUGUCAUUGAACUACUGCCAGACUUUUGUGCAUUCCUUCUGCACAGAAAAAAACAACCCACAUAUAGUAGUCCUGUCGUAGUAUCACAGAAUGUACAUUCAGUACAGUAAAAAUCCUCUACUGUUUAAUUGUUAAAAGAAAUGUUGAAAAAACGUAGAUCUGUCUGUAGUAGGAUCAGUUUGAUGUUUCACUAUAAACAUAUCUGUACUGGAUCACACUAUUUAGUUUACUUAGCCCAGUUAGGAAUUAUCACCUUGUCACAAUGGUCAUGUUGUCUGAAAUUUUGAAAAAGCUUCUUCUUAAGACCCAGAUAAGUCAGAAUAAUAAGGUGCUUUACCAAAAUUGUAAAUUUCAUUACCCUGGGCUCUUACAUUCCCCCCUAUGGGAAGGGGUUAACUUUAUUAUUAUAUUUUUAUAGAGAAAUCACAUUUUUGUGCUGGAUUUGUUUAAAUACCAUUUGAAAUAAUGCAAUCUUGGUUAGAAUUGACAGUUUGGUGGUAUGUACAUAUAAGCCCUGACUAAACCCCUAUGGGCUGAUUGGCAGGGCCAAUAAGGGUCAAAUUGACUAAAAUAUUUCUGAACUCAGGUGACCAGUAAGGCCCAUGGGCCUCUUCAGUCUUGUAUUAAAAAUAUGUCAAUUUUGAAAAUCAGUGACUUAUCCUCGACUGAUAAAAAUCAAUAUGGAGUUGAAUUGGUAGUAGUCUUGCUUGAGAUUUUCCUGUUAGUUCUGAAUAAAAAGAAAGAGAAAACUUGGAUAGUGCUCUACAUAUUAUAGACACAUUGUUUUUUUACAAGUGUGAUAUUUUCCUCAUCAAAUGUAAUUUAUUAAAUUAAAUGACUAGGAAAAUA